CUCGCCUCGACUUGUCUCCCUUGCAUCCAACAGACUUCACUUCCCCACGAAAGCCAUUCACCCCGCCUGCCCCAAAAUCCCGCCAGCAGUUCACAAGCAUCCAGUCAAUCGCUUCCCACAUCUGUACGAUCGUACACCGAUUUCCCGCCGAAUAUGGCCAGCUCACGGUUGCUCCCUCUCUUCGGACUCCUCUGCAUCGUUCUGUGCUUCGCUACCGCGCACGCACAGGCAAAGCCCACCAAGGCGCAGAUAAAAGCCGAGCUGCAAAACAUGGCGAACAACAUCACCAAGAAUUUUCCGCAAUACGCGAAGUACGCCAAGGACAUCAACAAGUACAUCGGCCUAGCACUGAACUCCAAGUACGAUUUCACUGCUCUCAGCGACGCAACCCUGCUGCUCCCCAGCGACACCGAAGCGCAGGCCCUCGCUAAGAAGGUCCCCGCUACAAGCUCCAAUAUCCCCAAAAUCUACAACAUCACCGCGUACCACAUAAUCCGCAAGAAGUACACCGUUCCCGCGCUCACGGUGCUCAAGAAGUCGCAGCCUCUGGGCACGCAGCUGAAUCAGGCGAUCUACAAGGUUUCGGUGCAGAAUGGUAACACGGUAUCUUUCGCCAAAACGCCCAACGCCCCUCCUGCCGCAUGGACGACGAUCAAGAUCGUCAGGCUGUAUGCUGGGCCGUACUUCAUCGCUCACGGCGUGGAUAAAGUCCUCAUUCCCACUAACACUAGAGUGUAAGCGUUUCUGAAACCCAGUUCGGUCCCCAGUUGACUAUCAGUCAUGCUGCUGGUUCAACCUCUGAACUAGGGUUGACUGGUGGUCAACUGGGCAUCAGAUCCAAUCCUGAAAGAGCUUAGUGAUACAGCAUAGCAUUCUACUCAUUGUAGUACUUUCAAUAUACGGCUCAUAUAGUGUCAGAAUUGAUUCUUCUCGUGAGGUUGAUUGCUGCCCUCUGGUGCGAAUUGCUCAGCUGUUGACCUGCUGUGGAACCAAAGGAAGUAAGGCUCUUGUUGGCCGAACAAGCUUAACGAUGAUUUGACGGGUUCUCGUUCAAUGCCGAGCCUGCUGCCAUGCCAUGGCUGCUACUCUGAAGGUGCAGCAGAAGUUGGGCUUGGAUACCACAAGC